AUCUUCUUUCUUUGGGGUGGAACAGGAGUUUUCCAUUUCUUCAGCAGUUUCUGGAAUCUCUCAUCCCCCAGCUUUUGAAAAGCUCCUCUCCCUCCAUUUUCAGAGCUUAUUGAGGCGUGUCCCUGGCGCACACCCUCCUUCGCAGGAACAGGGAGCGUGAGGUGGAGACAGGACAGGUUGGGACACACAAGGUCCAGUUUAGUGUGUGUCCCAGCCCAGUCCAUUCAUUGAGCCCAAAUCCUCAUCUCCCCCUGGCAGUGGGGCUCAGCACAGGCCGGCAAAGAACUGCUAGGCUGCUGGGACCCAUCAGACUGAACCCUGUGCUGGAGAUUAUCUCCCAAGCAGAUACUCUCCUCCGAACCCGGGAUGUAGGGCUUUGAAACUAGAAAAUGCCAGGUCUGAAAGAGAGGAAAGAACAAGUCCAGCAACACACAGAGCUCUGUGUAUUCAGAGAGAACUUGGCAGGGUUGUGUUCGGGCAGAGAAACUCCGAGUGGUACAAAGGGACGUGCCCAGAGUGGAGAAAUCAUGCUAAUUGUGUGCACCAGAGCUGGAGAACGCCACCCAAAAUGAAGAGAGAAAGGGAAGCCCUGUCCAGAGCCUUCAGUGCCCUGCGCCUCACUCCUUUUCUCUACCUGCUUCUGAUCCAGACAGGUAGGAGACCAGAGGAGCCCCUGGAGGCGGUGAACAUCACCAGCCCGGUGCGCCUGAUCCAUGGCACAGUGGGGAAGGCGGCCCUGCUUUCUGUGCAGUACAGCAGCACCAGCAGUGACAAACCCGUUGUCAAGUGGCAGCUGAAGCGGGACAAGCCAGUGACCGUGGUUCAGUCCAUCGGCACAGAGGUCAUCGGUACCCUGCGGCCCGACUACCGAGACCGCAUCCGCCUCUUUGAAAACGGCUCCCUGCUUCUCAGCGACCUGCAGCUGGCCGACGAGGGCACCUAUGAGGUUGAGAUCUCUAUCACCGAUGACACCUUCACUGGAGAGAAGACCAUCAACCUCACUGUAGAUGUGCCCAUUUCGAGGCCCCAGGUGUUAGUGGCUUCGACCACGGUGCUGGAGCUCAGCGAGGCCUUUACCCUGAACUGCUCGCACGAGAACGGCACCAAGCCCAGCUACACAUGGCUGAAGGACGGCAAGCCCCUCCUCAACGACUCGCGGAUGCUCCUGUCCCCCGACCAAAAGGUGCUCACCAUCACCCGCGUGCUCAUGGAGGAUGACGACCUGUACAGCUGUGUGGUGGAGAACCCCAUCAGCCAGGGCCGCAGCCUGCCCGUCAAGAUCACCGUAUACAGAAGAAGCUCCCUCUACAUAAUCUUGUCCACAGGAGGCAUCUUCCUCCUUGUGACCUUGGUGACAGUCUGUGCCUGCUGGAAACCGUCCAGAAAGUCUGGGAAGAAGAGGAAGCUGGAGAAGCAAAACUCCCUGGAAUAUAUGGAUCAGAAUGAUGACCGCCUGAAAGCAGAAGGUGAGCUCCCAGCCACGCACUCACCCGUCCCAUCUUCACUCAGAUCAGUAAGCUGCUGGGAAAAGGCUGAAAUGGGCGACAAGGAAGCCAGCUCUGCAGGGCCCCUUCCUGCACCAACUGCACGAAGACUGCAGAGCAGGGAGAGGAGCGGCCAAGGUAGGACCUCAGCAGACACCCUCCCACGGAGUGGAGAGCAGGAGCGGAAGAACCCCAUGGCACUCUACAUCCUGAAGGACAAGGACUCCCCGGAGCCCGAGGAGAACCCCGCCCCGGAGCCUCGGAGCGCGACUGAGCCCGGCCCGCCCGGCUACUCCGUGUCGCCUGCCGUGCCGGGCCGCUCGCCGGGGCUGCCCAGCCGCUCUGCCCGCCGCUACCCGCGCUCUCCAGCGCGCUCCCCCGCCACGGGCCGGACGCACACGUCGCCGCCCCGGGCCCCGAGCUCGCCCGGCCGCUCGCGCAGCGCCUCGCGCACACUGCGGACUGCGGGCGGCGUGCACCUGAUCCGCGAGCAAGACGAGGUCGGCCCGGUGGAGAUCAGCGCCUGAGCCUCCUCGGGACCCCCCGGGAGGCGCCCGCGCACUGCUGCCCGCGGCCCGGGGGAGGGCAGGGCAGCGGGGCAGCAGCCCGCCAGGGGCGAGGGGCGAGGGGCGAGGGGAGAUGGAGGUCCUCACCCAGCGCUAGGGUUCCGGCGCGUGGACGAUUGUGAACAUGUGCAGAUGGGGGGACGCGGCGGGAAGGCGGAGGGUGGAUCAGAUGGUGAAACCGGGUUACGUUUGCUCCCGGCUCUUUAGUUGUGUUCUCAGUGGGUGUGGGUUGUGCCCUCUUAGGACCAUAUAGAUUAUUAAAUUUACGGCCCAAUCCCCGGAGGGGCUUAUGGAAACUAACAUCAGUAACCUAACCCCCUUGACUAUCCUAUGCCCUUCCUAGGGCGCGCUCACGCUUCCCACCCAUUCCCCUUCCCUCCGAACAAACUCCUGAAUCCUGGGGAACUUUUUUGGCAAGCCCAGAUUAGAGAGGCCACUUGCCUCAAACGUACAACUGUCCUAAACUAAGGGGAAGUCCAAUGCCCUUUACUGGGUGUACAGAGGGCUGUUCCGAGCAUCCAGUGAAUCAUUGUGAAGGCAGUACCUUGGAGCACCCUUCUCAGGCAUAUGGUACCUCGCUACCUACCAGUUGGUGAAGGAGGAGCUCAAGUACAAUACAUUCCGUUGCCCUGCUACCGGGGUUCUAGCAAGAGCAAAGGAUUCAAGCCUCCCACGCUUGGCAUCCUCCCAAAGCCUCCCUCAGCGGCGUGCCCGGCAUUCUUUCCAUCUCUGUUCCAUAGAGAAGGGGCUUCUCACUCAUUCUUCAGGCCCAGAAGGCUAGAUCAAGUGAAGAUCUGUCCUUUGACCCCUCAUACCUAUGGCUUCUCCCUGGCUUUGUACAAAACAAGCCUUUCAAACAAUCAUUAUCCCCCGGAAAGUUGUUGGGCUUCCUCCAGCUGUAAGAGGAUGAAGUUCCACUCCCCCCAAAAAUGGUAGGGGGAGGAGAAGGCUUAUUGCUCCCCAGCAUGUCUUGGAGACAUGAUGGAACCCUUGGCCUCUGGCCUCUCACCUGCCCUGCUCCCAGAUGCUCAGGUCCCAGGAGACAGGACAAGGGCAGACUCCCCAGUCACACAAACAGCAGAAUACCGAGAGGUCGGUCCACUGUGUAGCCAGGCCACGCCCAUGCCGCCGCCUCUUGAACAGUUUGUAGGAACAGUAAUCUACCGUGCGAAGAGAGAGCGCCAUUAAAAAGCUGAAAGAGAAGAAGUCCCUCGCUGUGUUCUGACCUCUCUCCCCUGAGGCCUCUAGUGCAUCCCUGGUCCCUCCUUAACUUCCUAAGCUCCUGCUCCGACUCUGCACCAUCCCACAGAGUGACUCUCAAGGUCCCUGUUCCCCACCACUCCACACUGGGGCCAGUUUUGUCCCAGCCCCAAGGGCAACAACAUUUCUUGUUGGUCCCCUCUGCUCUUACCUGGACGUCGUGCCCUUCCCAGCUCUCUGCCCCUAUGCACUUCUCCAGGCUCCUCUGAGCAGGUGUGCCUUUGCAGCUCCCCUUCCUUAGCCAGAACUGCUCCCCUCACUUCCCCAGGUGCCUCAUCUAGAAGGAGACAAUGCAUGCAGGGGAAAGUUGUUCAGGCAGGUGGAAGAUGCAGGACUUGGAGAUGGGUACAUGCUGGUCAGCCUUGAGAGGCAAGGGUGAAGAUUAAGGUGAGAUGCAGGCAAGUUGUAUUCCAAACCCCGGUUCUGCAUCCCUGAGGGGCCGGCUUCCCAGGCUCAAGCCAAAUCUGCCUUAAAUGGGGUGAGGGGGGAGUGGUUUUGUUUUUGUUUCAUUUUGAUCUUCAUCUUUGUAUUACUGGCAUCUAGCAGAGUGCCUAGCACAUACUGGAUGCUCAAUAAACUUUUGAUGAAAUAA